UCAUGGCCGUCGAUAGCGGUGGUCUCACUUUACAAAAUUAUUUCAAUUUUUAUAUAAUUCAAACUUUAAAAUGGCCAAAUCCUAUGAUUUAACAUAUUAUUAUAAAACGAAUACAAUAUGCCAAACAAAAAAUCCGCAAAGAAGAGCAAAAAUUUAGGAGAUAUAACCCUAAAUGAUUUUGCAAACUCUUUAAUUUGUAAAAACCGACCCAAGAAAACAAAUCCUUCUUUAGUUCUUAAUAAUUUCAAAGAUGAAAAAAGUUGGGAUGAAAAAAUUGAUGAAUUCGAUGGAGAUUUUGUCAAAGAAGAAAAUGAAGAUGGCACAGUUUCAUAUGUAAUCAAAGAAACUAGACAUAGAAAAAAGACCAUAUCUCAAACCAAUGAAAUAAAUUGUGUUAAUGGAAAUGUAUACCCAAUAGAUAUUUGGUUUAUAUUAUCAGAAUAUAUAAGACCAGAGGAUGUGGGUUGUUUUGCAGGUAUUUGCAAAAGUACCUACAAUGUUGUGUCCACAGCAAAAUUUUGGUACAAUUUAUAUAAGAGAUUUUAUAUAAAUGUUCCCAACCUACCUGAAUUAUUGCAACCUGAAUGCUUGGUUAGAAAAUACAGCCUUCGCACAUCUGUAAUACGAUCGUUACAUUACAUGUAUAUACCUUUUAUAAACAGAAUGAAAAAUAUUAGUGACUCACAUCCAGAUAAAGUCACCAAAAGAGAAUGUAUAUUGAUGUGGCAUGAAAAAAAAAAGCAGAAUUGGUUUUACUACUUUAAAAUGAAAGAAAAACCAUUAUUAUCCCUACAUUCCAGACGUACUUCGGAAAUGUAUCAGCCAGAUUUAUUGGAAAUACUUGAUGAUAUUUAUGCCAACCAGGACGAAAACUGUCAAAUUUUACAGAUAACUUGCAAACAUUUCAUUCCUGUUCAACCAGUUCUGGGACUUACACUGACAUCUGUACAUUUUAGUCUUUCCUCAGGAUUUCUACAUUACAAACUGCAACUGGGGUUCAGUUCUGGAAUCCAGAGUUACACAAAGACAACAGAUGGCAGCACUGAUGUGACAGUUAUCUUGGAUCCAGUAAUCAAUGUGAAAGUGCUUGACUGGUGGCACCCUCUAUAUCCUUACUCACACAACUUGCAACAUCUAAUGAACCAGGACUAAUUUUAAGUUAUCCACUCCAAUUAACAAGAUUUAUUGUCAGUUAUGUUUUGUAUUGGCAAGAUUUUUAUAGCUUCAUACCACAACAAAUAUCCAAAUAGAAUACCUACUUAUUUUUUAUAUUUGUUUUUAACAUGA